AUGUACCUGGAGCCUGCAACUGUCAUUCGAAGUGUAGGGAAUCCAGUCCAGGACGCUAACAUGAUGAUGGACCCGAAUUUCGAGAUUGCGGAUCUUCCAGUAAAGCUUGAAUUGCGUUACGUCAUAGAAUCAAAGAUGGCGGCUCAUGGCGUGGAAUGUCCGAAAGUUGAUUACCGCACAAAAGAUCUCAAGAACCAACAAGUAUUUGUGUGCUCCUUUAUUUUUGGGCAUUUUUUAAAAACAUUAAAAUGUCAUUUUUUGCUUUAAGUUUCAGCUAAUAGUCUAAAUCGGUUUAUUGUUUUGCACAUUUUAAUAAAAAACUCUUUCCCGAUAUGGUGACCGCCGCUUAACAUUGAAAUGUUUUUCCUUAGCAAACGUGAUCGUCAGGAAAGGCGAUCGAAAACUAUGUAAAACAUGGGUAUCUCUUGCCGCAAGACACGGGCUAGCAACUGCGAUUUGUGAAAUAAGGAGAUACAAUGCCGCAAGCCAAGGAAUUUGUAAUUACCAAUGGUGAAUGUUGUUUCUUUUAACUUGCUUACCAUUUCAAAACUUUACCUUGCAUUCCACGGAACAUGAUAACCCACAUCGUAUGAUUUUGCCAUAACCGGUUGGUAGCUUGCCAUGUACGGCCUUUGUUACAUCUCUGAGCAGUCCGUACAAACAGGAAAAUGUAAACCCUACAGGAAGAAUAGAAAGUUUUCGGGCGAAUAAGCAUUUUUAUAAUAAUAGAAUAGAACAAAAGAAGGUUUGUCCAGACUACAAUUACCCGAGAAGUCUUAUUUUUCGCAGCUGAAAAAGUACUACAAGCCAAGAGCGGGUGUAUGACUCCGUGCCGGGGAUAAUAUAUAGAUUUAGCCAGAGCUAAAAGCGAAGCUCUCGAUAAUAUUUAAAGUUUGUCCAAACCAAAUAUAGAAUCGUGUAGUGCUAAACGGCGAAGGCAACGCCGGAGAACAGUGAAAAACAACAAUAGGUCUAAUUAGCAAAAAAGCAACUUUGCUCGUGCAAAAGUGCAGCCCACUUUUCUUGUAAAUUUCUUUGCCGCUGUUUUGCACGACUUCAAUGUGAAACUUCCAGAAACUUCUUUGUUACACGCUUUUUGGAGGAAAUGUCUUACGUGUUCUCGUUCACCUUUUUUUUUCACUGCUGCUCAUUUUCACCUUGCAUUGUUCGCCACUAGCAUUUCUCAUUUUGUCACCGCCGCUACAAAGUUUUCAUGUUGUUCUUCCAACAAAAAGAAAUGUCUCCUUUGUUUUUUUUUUCCUCGUUGAGCUUGGCUGGCCUGCCGCCUACUUUCUCUUUUCCUCUGUCUUUCUCUUGCUCUAUAUUCUAAAUUUGUGGUCAUGACAAUUAAUCUAUUAAGCUUAAUACUUUAGACACCACAGAUACAGAAACAAUCUCCGCUUUCCGUUUUCGUCUUUAUUGACUGUUUAGUUGUCCCUGCUUUACAAGACGCCGGUAGCUAGGUGAUUUCCCGCCAAAAUAACCCCGAGUUGCAUUUGCGUUGCCAUACCUGUUGAUUGAGUUCGGUCGCUCGGUGUACGGUCACGUGAUUACCAAAUUUUCUAGGAUGAGUAGAUUUACUUGCGCUCUUGGAGCUCUGCUAAAAAGUUAUUUUAAUAAGUAUCUGGAUGAUAUGAUUCAGAAAAUGUCCUCCUAUUCAGAACAAAACUUAUUUUAAUUACUCGUACUAGUAACCGGCAAUGGUGCACAAACAAAUUUAUACUAGAGACGAGUUAUCCGUCUGGUAAUUCGUCUAAGUAUAAAUCCGAAGACGAAUUUUGCUACAUAAUUUGUCCAGAUAUUUUAAGCGGGAAACGACCGCGGGAAACAGGAAACAUUGCGAAAAUGUAGAAACCAGUCCCUCUCAUGUGGAAACUUCGUCAAAAAACCAUUCCUCUUGAUAUAAAUUUAGAGACGGAUAAUCUGUGUAAGACGAUAUAUCCGUCUAUAAGCACGUCUUGAAGACGUGCUAACAGACGAAUCAGCGUCAGACGAGUUUGACUCCAUAAUUCGUCUUAGCACCGAAUUUAUACUAGAGACGAAUUAUCCGUCUGAGACGGAUAAUCCGUCUAGAAAGAUAAUUCGUCUCUAGUAUAAAUUCGACCAAUGAUACGGUAAAAACAUGAAUAUUAAGGAUAAAACUGUUAAGUUUCUCUUGAAACGGGAAAAACUAGUUGAAAAGCAUCACCCGCAAACUUGUGUACGGCGUCCGCAGUUUCUUCGACAGAUGAAUGCUACGCUAGGCAGUGGGAAUUCAUUACUCAUAAACAAUCAUUUAAUGCUAUUGGCAUCAUGUAACCUUAGAAAAAUCAAGUUUAAUCGCUCCACUUAAAUCUAACUGCUUAACCGAACCAUUCUUCCCGCUUGGACACUUAACGCCAAGUGGUCACAUACAACGGUUGCCGAUUCCAAGUCUAAAAGUGGUCUAAUACACGCGUGGGAGGUUGUAAAUAGAUGCUACAAAAGACCAUUCAUUGUCGGCCGGUAUGAACCUGUUAAACACUCUGACACCGUAACACUAAUUACAAUUUUCGCGCCAAUUUUCCUUGCGGGUGGGAAGAGGGGGGGGGGGGGGGGGGGGUCAUUCAAUCUGUGGAGGGUAAAAGAUACAUACUACUAUUGGACAAAACAAGCAGCAUUUUUUCUCUCAACAUACAAACCACUUUUUUUGUUUUUUAUACUUUUCGUGCAAGAAAAGCAAAUCAUCCAAAUAACGAUGUUUUUAUUUACAUACAUGUUAUCGAUAGCCAGACGGCUUUUGGUGUUCUAGAGGGAAGGUGGGUGAUAACGCAUGGUGUGGGAUGUAGAAAAACGAUUGACAACUCGCCGUCUUGUUCCGGCGGUGAGUCAUUGUUCAAACGAUGCGCGGUAGAGAUAGUUAUUUUUGCGGGUGGUCUCCGUUUUGGGGGGGGGGGGGGGGGGGGGGGGGGGGGCUCUGAAUCAUUGGAAGGAUAAGAUAACAUUAUGCAAUUAGUUCCAAAACAGGUUGAAUUAUCUUCCUAACUAAAAACCACUUUUUUUGGUUCGUUUAAAUGUUGGCAGACGAAAGCACAUCGUACAUAUCAAGAGAUCUUAAUUUAUAUAGAUGUAAGGAUUUAAGUAGAAAGUGUAUGUACGUUAUUUAAGUAAACUUCUCCCCCGGAAAACAACCUGUCAUGAUCUAUCUAUGACUUAUGUUUAUGUAAGAGGUGCUUAGCUGAUUCUUCGUCAGCUUUUUCAAGAAGCUGGGGGAAUUAUGUUAUUUUAUAACAUCCUAUAUUUAGUUGUAGUUCUUCUGAGUUCUUCUUCCUUUCUUAUCUUCAUAUGUUCGUUGGCGACUUUUUCUUUCCAUUGAUGCAGCUCACCCCCGAAGAAGAACAGAGACGGAAGCUUCGACGAGAACGGAACAAGGUGGCUGCCUCGAAAUGUCGGAUGAAGCGAAAGGAACAUGUAAACACGCUGAGAAAGGUUGGUGCCCGAUAUAUUAUCUUGAGAGAGACUGUUCAGUUGUUCGUAAAUACUUCAGUAAUAUAUAUUUAGCAAACGAGGCUCUUCUGGCUGCUGGUAAUUUGUUGCUUGCAACGAGUCUCUCGGUAGCAGAAAACAAAAUUGUGACAGUUUGACAACAAUCGUUCAAUCCACCAGUAAGCCAGAACGAUUUUUGGUACUGACUUCCUCUGACUUGGUGGUACUGAGAGUGAGCGCUAGAGGCCCAUGUUACCAAUUUAAGUGGCCUGUCAAUGGUAGGUGUUUAGAUCUUGUUUACUGCUCUUCUGUUUAUUCACCGAUCUUUGUCCUUGACUGUCUGACGUUUGUUACAGUCGUCGUAAGUUAGUGGUCGGUUUCGUAUCCUGCUAGGUUACAGGAAAAGUGGAACUGUUUCAGUGUAGGUAUGGAAAUUAGUCGCUAUCGUAACUGGACCAUGCAGGUUAACGCUUGUAUUUUAUUUAGUUCGCCGUUCCUUUAAGUGUUUCGUCUAACAAAUGCGCGUUGUGUUGUUUUUACUGAAAACGCUGCCUGGGUAUUCUGUUUCGUUGUGUUGGCUUUCAGGCGUCUCUAGCUGCCCCUGGUCAUUCGCCCCGGCUUUCUUUCAUUUAUAAUACUACAAGAAUUCUUCCGGCGUAAAUAACCCCUAUAAUAUUUUCAGUUGUGUUCCGUCUUUUUCAGGCCUCGGAAGAGUUGGAGGCGGCCAACAGUCAGCUGGAAUCUGAAAUCGCUUACCUCACAGCCGAGAGAGAACAACUUGAAAUGAUGCUCGAUGCGCAUGUCUGUAAUAUGGAGAAAGUCACUGGCCGAGGACCUGCUUAAUCACAGCUGCAUCUUUUAGAUGUUGUCUUUACGAACAUGUUGACGGAUGUCUCCACCAGCUACGACGUCAUAUUUUUGAAAUGCUCAAGAAAGAA